GAAUCUAUACCAUGAACUUUGUAUCACCAACAAUUUUCUUCUAGCUCCAUCAAAAAAUACAUCUUCUUUUUUAAUUUUCACAUUGCUUAUUGGGUCCAAAUUUGUGGCUAAAAAGUAAAUAUAGAAUAUUGCAAAAAAUGUCACUUCCUGAGACACAACAUGAUGCAAAAGCACUCCCUGAUGCUUGGGAUUACAAAGGGAGGCCAUCUAUUAGGUCCUCCUCUGGUGGUUGGGCUAGUGGUGCAAUGAUUUUAGGUGUUGAAGCUGUGGAGAGGCUAACAACACUUGGCAUUGGUGUAAAUUUGGUGACUUAUUUGACUGGAACUAUGCAUUUAGGCAAUGCUACUGCAGCCAACAAUGUCACCAAUUUUCUUGGAAGUUCUUUUAUGCUCACUUUGCUUGGUGGAUUUAUUGCUGACACAUUCCUUGGAAGGUAUCUUACAAUUGGAAUAUUUGCCACUGUUCAAGCAAUGGGUGUGACAAUCUUGACCAUCUCGAUCAUAAUACCAAGUUUGCAACCACCAAAAUGUGAACAAGGUAGCCCUACAUGCAUCCCGGCUAGUGGCAAACAACUCAUGGUCCUAUACAUUGCCCUAUACAUGACCGCCCUCGGGACGGGCGGUCUGAAAUCGAGCGUCUCGGGAUUCGGGACGGAUCAAUUCGACGAAUCGAACGAGAAGGAAAAAGGACAUAUGAUAAAGUUUUUCGAUUGGUUCUUUUUCUUUAUAAAUGUCGGUUCGCUCGGAGCUGUAACGAUAUUGGUGUACGUGCAAGAUAAUUUGGGGAGGGAGUGGGGUUAUGGGAUUUGUGCAUGUGCUAUUGUGCUUGCACUUGUGUUGUUCUUAUUUGGUACAAGAAAAUAUAGGUUCAAGAAACUAUUGGGGAGUCCAUUGACACAAAUUGCAUCUGUUUUUGUGGCUGCUUGGAGAAAUAGGCAUUUGGAAUUGCCUUCUGAUUCUUCACUUCUUUAUGAAAUUGAUGACAAUGUUUUUGGUGAAGGAAGCAAAAAAAGAAAGCAAAAAUUGCCUCAUAGCAAGGAAUACCGAUUUUUGGACAAGGCAGCCAUUAAGAAAGAUGGUGUUGAAUUUAAUUUUGUCAACAAGUGGACAUUGUCAACAUUAACAGAUGUUGAAGAAGUUAAAUUGGUAUUUAGAAUGUUACCAAUUUGGGCCACAACAAUAAUGUUUUGGACUGCCUAUGCUCAAUCUACAACAUUUUCCGUGUCACAAGCAACCACAAUGAAUCGUCACAUAGGUAAAUCGUUCGAAAUUCCGCCGGCCUCGCUCACCGCUUUCUUUGUCGGAAGCAUCCUCUUGACCGUAAUUUUCUACGACCGAGCUAUCGUUCCGAUUUGUCGCCGAUUCGCUAACAAACCUCAUGGUCUCACCCCACUUCAAAGAAUUUUCUUAGGGUUAAUUCUUUCAAUUUUAGCCAUGAUGUGUGCUGCCUUAACUGAGGUUAAAAGGUUAAAGGUUGCACAAAAAAAUGGGCUAACAAAUGAUCCAAAUGCCACAAUACCUAUGAGUGUAUUUUGGUUAAUACCACAAUUCUUGCUAAUUGGGUCAGGUGAGGCCUUUACAUACAUUGGCCAAUUGGAUUUUUUCUUAAGAGAAUGUCCAAAAGGUAUGAAAACCAUGAGUACUGGUCUAUUUUUAAGUACAAUUGCACUAGGGUUUUUCUUUAGUUCAAUUUUGGUUACAAUUGUACAUAUGGUUACUGGGACAAAACAUCCAUGGCUAGCUGAUAAUUUGAACCAAGGGAAGCUACAUGAUUUCUAUUGGCUUUUGGCAAUAUUGAGUGUGUUGAACUUGAUGUUUUUCUUGUAUAUGUCGAAAACGUACGUGUAUAAGGAGAAGAGGCUUGCAGAAAUGGGAAUCGAACUUGAGGACUCUGGACCAGUUUGCCACUGAAAUAAAGGACACACUCUGUCACUACUGGAAAAACGUGAAUUUCAACAACCUUUUCAUCUGAAGUACUUCGUCAAAAAUUUAUGAAAGCAAAACACUUUUUUUCCUCUUUUUCUUUUCCCCUCCUUUUUUGGGUCUUUUUUAACUUAUGGCUUUUUUGAUUGAGCUUGAACAACUCUUUAUUGGAAGAGUAAUGUAAUAUAACAACCUUGUUUUAUAUGUACAAAGAAUGGAAAAGAGCUUAGGUAAUGAAGAAUUAUAGAGCUCUUUUCCGGUGUUUUCUUUCCUUCUUACAGUAUACCAUAAUAAUGUAAUGCAAUGCAAUACAAGAAUUUCAUGAUUUAUGAAAUCCUUUUAUUUUGCCUUA